AUGGCGACUCCAGCUGAUGCUCGGGCCGUAAAGUCUCUCAACGAUUCCGGCGGACAUAAGAAAUUCAAAUUCAAGACUAUCUCUCAGAAAAUCAAUGACAUUGACGUGUUUAGGAGCCUGGAUAAGGUCAAGGCUGAGCCUUCAGAAGGAUCAUCAUUUUUCAGAGAUUGCCUCGUAGAAUGGAGGGAACUGAAUACAGCACAAGAUUUCAUUUUAUUUUAUGAAGAAAUGUUGCCAUUUGUUCAGACGUUGCCUUUGGUUAUUUUACAAAAAGAAAUAAUCUUCUCAAAACUCGUGUCUCGACUACAAAUGAAAGCAAGAUUGUCUCUGGAACCCAUUCUCAGGUUGAUUGCUGCUUUAUCAAGAGAUCUCUUGGAGGACUUUAUUCCCUUCCUUCCACGGAUUGUGAACUCCUUAGUAUCUCUCCUGAAAACUGGUGCUCAGAAAGAGCCGGAGAUUAUUGAGCAGAUAUUCUCAUCAUGGUUUGACAUACUGGAGAACCUGAAGAAGUAUCUCAUAUGCGACAUCGAAGCUAUUCUCAGGGACACGUUGGAAUUGAGGUAUCACCCGAAAGAUGAUAUCAAUGAACUCAUGUCGAAGUCCAUGUCAUUUCUGUUGAGGAAUGCACAGGAUGAGCAACUUGAAAAAGGGAUCAAGUGGAUACUUUCCGAAGCUGCAGAUCCACCAAAAAGAGAUGGAGGAGUUGGUUUACUAUAUUAUGUUAUGAUGAGGGGUAACUCUAGAAGUUUCCAUUCAAAAGCCAAGAGAGUUUUGAAGUUCUUGCUGAGAGAUUCAACACUAUCUUUUUGUGAUAAUUCCCCUCAAGGCCCUGGUACAGUCGUGGAAGUUGUGAGUUCGACUUUGGAGAGAUUAUGCGAGGAUUUGGAAGCAGAAGAAUUAAGUGUUAUGUGGAAAUGCUUGGAUCAGGAAAUAAAUGAAUCAAUCUCAAACAAAAACUUAGUUCAUCUAAGUCGACUGUUGAGUGUGCUUACUGCAGCUGUUAGGAUUGACAAAGGUCGUAAGGUUAAUGAUUACCCAUCUUUGAUUCAACUCGUGAGCCUCAUUGUGUCAACUUUUGUGACUUCCCCUGAGACCGUUGUAGAAGGCGAUAACUUAUCUACUGUCCUUGAUGAAGUUCUGCAACUAAUACUAUGCACAAUAAACAGAGUCACUAAAAUGGAAACCGUUGUUUCGCAAUGGGCUCCCAUUUUUGCCUUGAAAAGUACAAGUUUGCUGAUUUUUUUGCGGGAGCUCCUCCAGAAGGAUGUAUCAGUAGUAAAAGCCUUUACAAACAAUAUAUUAAGUGCAAUCAACAAUAUGAUUUGGGAGCAUUCUGAGGAAGUUAUUCCUGUGUUACUGACAUUGUGCGAGAAACAACAAACAAGUGACGACAGGGUGACCAUUAUUGAUCAAACAUUUGAGAGUAGAUACGACAGAAUUCAUGAGUUCUUGGAAGAAAAUAUUAAGAAGGUUCUUCAGAAUAUAGAGAAUGCUGGAUUAUCUCAAAUCGAGGAAGCGGAGUUGCCUGCCGUCUGGGGAGUUGUCAAAUGUUAUCCUUAUUUCAAAGUGGAUUCAUCAUUACUGAUUUGCUUUAAGAACACUCUCAGACAGCAUUUGGCAGUGUGGGAUGUAGACACUUUGAGUGCCCCAAAAUUGAUGUGGCAGUGCUUACUUGGCACUGCUUUGAGGUCAUAUCACAAACUGCCGAGAAGUAUCAAUCACAGUGAUCUGGAGGAAGCUUUAUCUUUUGCUAAAGAUUACAAGUCAUGCGUACAAGUGUUGUCCCCCGUGGCCGAUUUUUUGGAUGUGAUGCACAAGUCCAGUGCCUUUCCAGAACUUCAAGCAAACAAGGCUGAGGAUGCUUUUGGCAUCUUCUCGGAAAAUCUACGUCACCCAAACAAAGACAUCCGUCUUAUGACUCUAAGGAUUUUGUGCCAUUUCGAAACUUUUCCGUCUGGCCCUUCUUUUGAAGAGCAUCCUCCUAAGAAGAAAAUGAAAACUGAAGAGACUAAAAGAACUCUUCCUAAAGGGAAUGUUCUUCUGUUAUUACGCUCAGUCGAAGAGACACCUCACUCAGUGGAUACGGGUCGGAUGUUGGAAAGUUUGAUUUCUGAAAUACAAAAGAAUCUCUCUGCUGGGAGGAUACAUGCGAGAUAUUUGCAGCUAGUAUUGAAUGGGCUGAUGGGACUGUUUCAUAAUAAAUAUAAUUUGGGGGAUCCAGCAUCUAAGUGCCUUGCAGUUCUUUUGAGGAAUCACACAGGAGCUGUGUGGAGUGAUUUUCUUUGUAAUUUGGACCAGUGCCAAUUAAAAUUUGAAGCACUCCACAAUCAUAGUGAGAAUGCUAACCACAGCAUGUCAGAGAGGCAUACUGACGUGCUUGGCCGCUUUAAUAAAUUUCUCUUUCCGCCGUCUGAUAGCACACCUACUGCACAGGUGGUAUCUCUGCUGCUCCAGACCUUACAAAAAGCUCCCAAUGUUGCUCAGUCUCGUGCUUCUGAAAUUCUCCCUUUGUUAUUGAAAUUUCUUGGAUACGACAGUGAAAAUCCUAUGAGGGUCGGAUUAUUUAAUGCCCAAGUUUGUAAAGGAGAGGAUUGGAAGGAGGUUCUUAAACAGUGGUUGACCUUAGUGAAAUUGAUGAAGAAUCCUAGGUCGUUCUGCUUUAGCCAAUUUUUAGACGACGUCCUGCAGAAUAGGUUCCUGGAUGACAAUGAUGCUGACGUACAAACCAUUGUUCUAGAGUGCCUUCUGUUGUCAAAUGACUUCUUAGUCCCACACCGCCAGCAUUUGUUGAAUUUGAUCAAACCAAAGGAAUUGAGAGAAGAACUCACGACCUGGAGCUUGUCCGAAGACAUUGAAGAAGCUCACAGAUCUGAUAUUUUUUCUCAUGUAAUUCGCAUCCUUAUGCCCAAAGUUAGGACAUUAAAGAAUUUGGCUUCACGGAAGCAUACAAGUAUCAGUCACCGGAAGGCAGUUCUUCGCUUUAUAUCUCAGCUGGAUGUUAAUGAGCUUUCCCUGUUCUUUGCAUUGCUGAUAAAGCCCUUGAACAUCAUAUCAGAGGAAACAAUGCACUUGUUCUGGCAUUCAGGCAAAAGUUCUCUGGAUUAUUUCCAAAAGUCGAAUUUCCAGAAACAUUUCACCGUUGACAGUAUUUCGACAUUAUCCAGGAAUCAGAAAUCUGGGUUUCUUCAUGUCAUCCAACAUAUCCUUGAAGUCUUUGAUGAACACCGUGUCCGACCUUUUCUACACUUUUUGAUGGGAUGUGUUGUCCGGCUAUUGGUAAACCAUGCUCCAAAUAUUGAUGAAGAAAGCAACAUUGACUCACUGGCACUAAGAAAUCCCGCUGCCGCCCCAUCAACUCCAGAUGAUAAAGAGAAAGUUUCAAUAAAUCACGACCAGGCUGGCACUGCUUUGAAGCAGUUUAAAGAGUUGAGAACCUUAUGUCUGAAAAUUAUCGCACAUAUUCUUGAUAAAUAUGAUGAUUUUGAUCUUGGCUCCGAAUUCUGGGACCUCUUCUUUUCGGCAGUGAAUCCUUUAAUCAAGAAUUUCAAGAAGGAGGGUUCUAGUAGUGAGAAACCAAGUUCCUUGUUCUCAUGCUUCUUGUCAAUGAGUAAAAGCCGCAAUCUCGUGACCCUCUUAUGUCGGGAAGAGUCCCUUGUUCCAGAUAUUUUUUCGAUUCUAACAGUCACCACAGCUUCAGAAGCUAUAAAAUCAUCUGCCUUGAAGUUCAUAGAGAAUCUGCUUUGUCUUGACAAUGAGUUGGAUGAGGAUGACAAUAUGAUCAAAGGAUUCUUAAAUCCGUACAUAGAAGCACUGAUUAACAGCUUGCAUACUCUUUUCAUUGUGGGUAUUAAGAAAAGGAAAUCCGUCAAGUAUCAUGGGGAAAGAGAGAUUAAGAUUCUUCAGUUAUUGUCAAAGCACAUGCAAGAUCGCUCUCGCGCUAUGAAGUAUUUGGAUAUCUUGCUUUCUUUCUUGGAUAAAAGUGUGAAAGAUUCUGAUAUCCGUCGUGAGGCUUUGCUAGCCAUUCAGGACAUCAUACCGUUGCUUGGGACAGAGAGUACCACCAAAAUUGUUGAUAUGGUCUCUCCUCUACUUGUUGAUGCUGAACUCGACACCAGAUUAUGCAUUUGUGAUCUUCUUGAAUCUGUUGCAAAAAUCGACUUCUCUCUGGAUGAUGUGGCAAAGCGUAUCCGCGAUAUGAAUGCCAUCUCAGCCAUGGAAGUUGAUGACAUUGACUAUGAUACGAUAGUUAAUGCUUAUGUGGAGAUUAAUGCUGACUUCUUUAAAAGAUCCUCGGAGCAGCACACAAUGAUCAUACUCUCACAAACGUCAAUACUUCUUCAAGAGGCCUCAGCUCACUCUGGCUUUGGCAAAGAGGUCAAAUUUAUUUUGACCCACAUUGGUGAUGCAAUAAGUAGAGGAGGCGUUAUAAUGAAGGAGUGGUUUCUUUUGAUACGUGAAAUGGUGAUAAAACUCCCGGAUGCUGGAAAUCUUGCUGAAUUCAGACCUUUAUGCUCUGAAGAUGAGAACCUAGAUUUUUUUAAAUCCAUAGUUCACAUCCAGGCACACCGUAGAGCAAGGGCAAUUACACGUUUCACAAAUGUGGUCAAAGAUCGCAGUCUGCCUGAGGGAGUAGUGACAAAACUUUUGGUCUCUGUCUUUUUCAACAUUGUUCUCGAUGGACAAGAUGGAAAAGACAAUAAUGUCCGCAAUGCAUGCUUAGAGGCCCUUGCAUCUAUAUCUGCACAUAUGAGUUGGAAGUCGUACUAUGCUCUAUUAAAUCGGUGUUUCCGUGAGAUGAACAAGCAUACCAGAAAGGAAAAACUUCUGCUGCGGCUUAUUUGCUUGAUUUUGGAUAACUUUCAUUUUACAGAAGAUGCUUACACGAAGGAAGUUGAGGAGUGCCUUAAGAAAAAGAUGGAGAAGCUGAUGAAUUCUGAUUCUGAUAGUGUUAAUGUUCACAGUAGUGUGGCUGUGCUGAAGGUUCUAAAGCUGCUCCCCAAAGAAGCAAUGGACUCAAAUCUGUCAUCUGUUAUUCAUAGAAUUGCCAAAUUUUUGAAGAACCGGAUGGACAGCACACGUGAAGAGGCGAGAUUGGCUCUGGUUGCUUGUUUGAAGGAACUAGGGCUGGAGUAUUUGCAAGUUGUAGUCAAUUGCUUACGUGCUAUCUUAAAGCAAGGAUCUGAGGUGCAUGUGCUGGGAUACACUGUCCAUUUCAUAUUAUCGGAGUGCCUGUCCAGUUCUACAUGUGGGAAGCUAGAUCAUUGUGUAGGGGAUCUCCUUGCUGUGGUGGAGAAAGAUAUUUUUGGAGAGGUGGCUGAACAGAAAGACGAGGAAAAAUUCUCAUCCAAAAUGAAAGAGACGAAAACACGCAAGUCAUUGGAGACUCUUAAGUUGAUUGCUGAAAAUGUGACAUUCAGAAGCCAGGCAUUGAAACUACUUUUCCCGGUAACUGCUAAGCUGCAGCGGCAUUUGACUCCAAAGAUAAAAUCAAGUCUGGAGGACAUGUUAAAACAAAUUGCAGCUGGUAUUGAAGGCAAUCCAUCUGUCAAGCGAAGAGAUCUUUUUGUUUUCAUAUAUGAGCGGGUUGAUGAUGGUAUUAACAACAGAAGUGGUCUUGGAGAUCAAGUGGCUGAUACAAUCAGUUCUCCACCAUCCGAAAAGAAACGAAAAUCAAGAGAUCUGCAUGAGACUGCUGGGUUGAUUUCUGGUGCUAAGUCAACUCCACAUCUUAUAACCGUGUUUGCUCUGGACUUAUUGCAUAACAGAAUGAAGAAAACUAAAUUCGACAAGAAGAAGACUGAUGGAGAGCUGCUGGGUAUGUUAGAUCCAUUUGUCAAACUACUUACUGGAUGCUUGAGUUCUAAGUAUGAAGAUAUUGUAUCUUCAGCUCUUAGAUGCUUCAUUUCCGUAAUAAGGAUUCCACUGCCUUCCCUCAUUCGUGAAGCAGAUGAAGUGAAAACAACAUUGUUAACCAUUGCUCAGACUGCAGUGAAUUCCAGAAGUUCUCUUGUGGAGUCAUGCCUUAAGCUGCUAACAACGCUUCUGGGUAAUGAAAAUAUGACUUUAUCAUCGGAGCAGUUGAAAAUAGUGAUUCAGUUCCCCAUGUUUGUUGAUCUGGAGUCCAAUCCAUCUUUUCCUGCUCUUUCGCUCCUAAAUGCCAUCGUGAAACGGAAGCUUGUGGUUCCAGAGAUUUAUGACAUUGCAAUUCAGGUUUCAGAGUUGAUGGUAAAAGGCCACGAGGAACCAAUCAGGAAAAAAUGUAAACAGAUACUGUUGCAGUUUUUGGUCCACUAUCCACUUUCUGAGAAACGUUUGGAACAACAUGUGAACUCUCUGCUGGCCAAUCUGAGAUAUGAGCAUCCAACUGGAAGAAAAGCAGUCCUUGAGAUGCUCGAGGCGCUAAUCUUGAAAUUUUCAGAACCUAAUUGCGGCAAGCCGUCAGUUCUUGACCGGCAGUCGAGAAACUUGUUUCUUCCGCUUGUUCAUAGUUUGGCCAAUGAUGAUGAUAAAAAUGUGCGUUUAGAAGUUGGUGGUGUGAUAAAAAUUCUGAUAGAGCGCACCGGUAAAGAUCUAGUUGGUUACAGUCUCUCGUACUGCCUGAAAUGGUAUAAACAAGAUAACUUGCAGGCUGCCGCAGCACAGGUGCUAGGAUUUAUUAUUGACGCCAUGAAGAAAACAUUUCGGAAGCAUAUCAACAAUACAUUGCAGGAGGCUAAAACGAUAAUGGAGUCUGCUGUCCAUGCUUGCAGCCUGCAGUUGCAAGAUGCCGUUGAGGAAGCCGGUGUUCCUUUCUGGAAGGAAGCAUACUACUCACUGGUUAUGAUAGAGAAGAUGCUUAAACAGUUUCCUGAUUUAAAUUUCGGAAAAGAUUUCGAGGAUAUUUGGAAAAUCGUGUUUAAGUUCUUGUUGCACCCACACGCAUGGUUGCGGAAAAUUUCGUGCAGGCUCCUGAAUCAUUAUUUUGAGGCAUUGGCUGGGAGGAAAAAAGCAGAAUCUCAGAGAUUAGUAGCUGGAUCCCUUCUCGAGAAGCCAAGUAGCCUGUUCAUGGUGGCUGUUUCUCUUUGCUUCCAGUUAAAACAGCAACCCACCACAGACAACGUUGAUGUUGAUCUCCUCACUGCUAAUAUUGUUUUUGCGGUCUCUAGUCUUCAUUUCCUGAUUGGACAAUCUGAUCAAGCAACACAGAACGGGUUCUGGUCCAGUCUUGGCGAGGAUGAGCAAGUAGUGUUCCUUAAAGCCUUUGAAGUGCUUGAUUCAGGGAAAGGAAGGUCUACAUUUCUGGCUCUUACCUCAGGCAAUCGUACCGAGAAUGAUGAAACUGGUGCUAACGAUGUGAGAAAUGUAUUGAUCGGAAGUUUGAUCAAAAGAAUGGGGAAGGUUGCUCUUGAAAUGGCGUCUGUUCAGAUGAGAGUUGUGUUCAACGUCUACAAAGCCUUUGCCUCGCUGAUGGAUCAAGAAGAAUGUCGCUUGUAUGCCUACAAAAUUCUUCUUCCAUUGUACAAAGUUUCUGAAGGAUUUGCCGGCAAAAUCAUCUCAGAUGAGUUGAAACAACUAGCAGAAGAGGUCCGAGACGGUAUAAGAGACGAGACAUUAGGCAACCAGAUCUUUGUGGAGGUUUACAAUGAAAUAAGGAAACAUAUGAAAACGAAAAGGGAGAAGAGAAAGCGUGAAGAUAAGCUAAUGGCAGUGGUAAAUCCGGAGAGAAACGCCAAGAGGAAGCUGAGAUUAUCUUCAAAGAAUAAAGCAAACAAGAAAAGGAGAAUGACGAGCAUGAAAAUGUCUAGAUGGGCUCGCUCUUGA